CCGGGCUGUGCUCUCUGCCUGAGGGCUGGGUUCUGAAGAAGCUGUUGGAGCUGAGGAUACUGAGGUGGGUGCAGGCUCCGUGGGAGGCCCCAAGGUGACCUCAGCCGCUCCUUCAGUGACCUCAGAAGCCUGUGCACUUGCUUCGCUCCACCAUGGAUGAGACGCAGGAGCCCCUGGUCAUGACCGUACACCUCCUUGCUGACUCUGGGCACGGCUCGCUUCUGCAGCAGGCUCUGGACCAGCUUCUGGAUGGCAUUUGCCCAGGGAUGCGCCUCUUCCUGGUGUCAGAGCGGGUCAGACCAGUGAAAUACUAUGAGAGGCACCACCCCAGGCGGUCCCGGUUCCCCGGAAUGUCUGUUCUGUUCUUCCUGCAUGAAAGCCUUGGCGAGAAGCGUCUGCUUCGCGUCCUGGACUCGCUACAGCAUCCACCCUGGCAGAGCUACCCUCCCCAGGAUGCGCAGGGGAGACUUUGUCCCUACCUCCUUGCAAAUCAGGAGUUCUACAGCCUGGACAACCAGAUGCCUGUCUGGGGCGUGAGGCAGGUGCACUGUGGGACCGAGAUCCUGAGGGUGACGCUGUACUGCAGUUUCGACAACUACGAGGAUGCCAUCAGACUCUAUGAGAUGAUCCUGCAGAGAGAGGCCACUUUGCAAAAGAGCAACUUCUGCUUCUUUGUUCUCUAUACCACCGAGAACUGGGCUCUGCAGCUCUCCCUGAAGCAGCUGCCCCUGGGAACCUCGGUGGACCCCAAGGAGUCUUGCGUGCUGCAGUUCCAGGUUCAAGAGAUCGGCCAGCUAGUGCCUCUUCUACCCAACCCGUGUGUUCCCAUCAGCAGCACCAGGUGGCAGACGCAGGACUAUGACGGUAACAAGAUUCUGCUGCAGGUCCAGUUGAAUCCAGGACCUGGUGUUAGGAACGGCGAACUUCCUUUUCUGAAAGGCACCUUGGGUGCUGGCCGGCUUCACCAGAGCUCCAGGCCGACCCCUGUCCCUGAACAGAGAACCCUAGAACCAAGGAGACGGAGGAGCCGGGGCAGGAAGUUCAAGGUGCGUUCUCUGGAGUUUCCUGAGCUCAGUGGGGCAUCAGACAGCUCUAGUGCCACUUCAUGGAAAAGCCCUUGUUGGUCAUCCCCGGCUAGCAGCUCGGUCACGGGUAUCCAGCUGCAUCCUCCACUUGAGCCCAGGCUCAGAAUGAAGGUCCUCAGGGAAAACAGCCUUCAGAAGCUGGAGGCAGAGACCAAUGUUGACACCGGAUUCACCAUCAUCAAUUCUGAGCCCAGACUAUCUUUUCUGAGCAGAUUUCCAAGGGAUUUGUGGAUCACCCAACCAUCCUCCUCCUUGCCAGACUCUUCUUUAGAGGGUGCUACCUCUAAAACCAAAGGCAUCCUUAGGGAAAGGAUCCAUCCUUUGUUGCUUCCUAGUCAAGGUGACCUUGGUGCAAGGAAGAUAAUCUCAAGAUGUUCCCUUCAUCUGCCAGUCCAAGGGGGAGAAAAAGAAGAAGAAUUUUUUAUAUAGCAUAAAACAAAUGUGUUUUUUAAAAAUACAAGAUCAGAUAGAAUGUUCUAGAAAUGGAGCACUGAUCCAGAAUCAUCUUGUUUCUUGUUCAUCUGAGGAAAUCUGUGUGCUAUCUACACACAGAUCUGUAUUGCUUUCAUUUCAAAUAUUCAAGUUCUGCAGGUGACUGGAGUGAUUGUUGGUUUGCUGUCCCAGUCAUAAGGAAACAAAGACAAGUACAGGGAGAAAGCCCAAUGCCCAUGUUCCCUGGAGACUCAUUGACCCAGCUGGAUGUGCCGAGUUCAGCAUUUAUCAGGAUAACUGCAUUGUAUGCAAAUGAAUCGGAUAUGUUGUGCAGAGCUGAUUAGUGUAUGUAAUUUGGUUUUAAUUUCUACUUGGGUUACAUAGCUCAUCUCCCUGGACAGCAUGGACUAUUUAUUCUUUAGUGCUUUUUAAUUUUUAUGUGACCUCCUUUGGUAACUAGGCCCUGUUCACCACAUACCCUCUUGUGAUUUCGCCUUUAAAGUUAUUUGCAUCUGGAAUUUGUGAAUAUGCAAAAUGUUUUGAAAAUUACAAGCAACAUUUUUUUCUCCUCUUUAAUGAGCAGAAAACCUGGAAGUUAGAAAAAUCAGGUUAAAAAUUAAUGCUAGACCCUAAGGUUUUCCUGCCCUUUGAUUUCUCAUUUGUUUCUGCCCUACUCUGAAGAGGCCAGCUGUUUUUGUUACAAACCAAAGAAGACAUAGGAUGAUUGGAUAAUUUGAGAUCUCCACUGAACAAGGUGGGAAGACUGGAUUGGCUGGAACAGAACUGGAGCAGAACUUUGGUGCUUCUGGCCAUUUUUGAAUCCCCAAAGUCCUUUAUGAUACCCAUCAUUUAUUUAUUUAUUCACUCCAUAAAUAUUUAUAGAACACCUAUGUUUGAAUAAGACAUCACAUAUAUGGUACAUACACAUUCUCUGACCAUCAAACCCAACUUUUGCAACUAUGAUUAAUCCUACCAGCUCUUAGAAAGAUGUUGAAGUCCAAACCUGUUCCUCCAAGAGCUUCUCUCACAAUCAAUGCACACGUUUGCACCGCGGAGUUGUAGUAAGCUUUCACAACUUGCAGAGGAAGACUGGGCAUAUUGUAAAUUGCAAUUAUAAUUCCAAGGGAAAAGCUCCCCAUUGCUUACAUGCUGGGUUGUUUGAGUUAAGGUCUAUGCACGUGUUUAAAAAAAUCUGAGAUUUUGUGUUUUAGUUAAUUUAUAAGGUUAUUUGACCCUAUGAACUUCAAUUUCCAAGAUGGAUAGUACAUAAGAAUAUAAUGAUUUUUUUUUUUAGUUCAGAGUAUCAAACUCAGGUCCUCACCCAUGCUAAGCAAAUACUCGACCACUGAGUUACAUCCGCAGCCCUAACUGGAUGUUUUAAAAACCUGGAAACUCAGUACACCCACCAUGAGGGAAAUAUGAGCUCAGGCUUGGCCCAGAAAACACCAGAAGUAAGAAGAGUUGAAAAUGGGCAAAAAGAGACUUCUAGAUGGACUUUCUCUGUCUUUAAGACAUCCGUACAUUCUCAUUCCCAUGAUCUCUCUUUCCCAGACUAAAAUUUCUCAUUAGGAAAUAGAAUGAAGAACUUUUGAUAUUACUUUCUGUA